AUGGCCGAAGCGGUGCCGUCGCUGGCUGCGCUGUGUGUGGCGCGUUUGGCCAUGGGCGCUCCACAGCGUGCACUGCUCAGCAUUCUUCGUCGUCUUCCCGAAGAGCUGGUGCUGAAGCUGUUAGCCGACAUGAUCGCAUCAAAGACGCUGACGGACGACCGUCUCGCCGCCUUCUUCAUGAUCUCUCGUCGCGUGCUCAACCUGUCAGGCUGUUGCGCAAUCCGUAACUCGAUCCUGCGCCAGAUCCCCUUCCGUUGCCCGGAGCUGCGCUGCCUGGAUCUGUCAAACUGCCCUCAAGUCACCAAUACGGUGAUCCGCGCGGUGCUGCAAGGUUGCUCCAACCUGCAGACGCUGCAGCUGGAUGGAUGUCGCCACAUCACCGACGCCGCGUUUCAGCCGGAUCAUUCGCCAUUUUACGUGCUGCACGCAUGCACGUCACUAAAGGUCGUGAGCUUCGCACGGUGCUCGCAGUUAACCAAAGACCUCGUCCUCUUUCUGGUCAAGGCCUGCCGAUCACUCAUUGAUAUUAAUUUUUCGCGCUGCAAGCGCAUUGACGACGACGCGAUCCACCUGUUGCUUCGCUCGGCCACCGACCUGCAGCGACUGAACUUGUCGUUUAUGGACAUCUCGGAUAAGGCGUUCACGACAGAGCCAUCAGACCAGCGCAACGGCUUCUACGCCAUGGGUCGGGCCUUGCGCGCCAUUGACCUCACACAGAGCAGCAUCACCGACGUCACUUUAUUUGCUUUGGCAAAACACUGCCCGUACCUCGAGGAAGUGAAGCUCAGCUGUUGCAGUGAGAUCACCGACGUGGGCAUCGAAGCGCUCGUGCGCUCUUGCAGGCACCUGCGCGUGUUAGACCUGAACAACUGUGCACUUAUCACUGACCGUGGUGUGGGUAUGAUCGGGGCCUACGGUCAGCAACUGGAACGUUUGUACUUGUCGUGGUGCAUGAAUAUCACCGACAAGAGCGUCGUGGAAGUUGCUCGCGGCUGCAAGAAUUUGCAGGAAUUAUUGCUGGUGUGGUGCACGCAGCUUACAAAUGCGUCGAUCGACGCUUUCCUGCCUGAUGGAGACGCGACUUCCGAGGCAGCAUUGAGGGUGCAAGGUCUAAAGCUAAACUUCUGCGGGUGCAAGGGGAUCAGCGCCACUCAGAUAGAAAUUGCUCGCUUAAAGGGGUUGGAGAUCGUCACCGGCACCUAA